AUGCCGCAGACGUCCAUCCUGCCUGAGAUCCGAGAGAAACGACCCUGACGACUUCAGGAACCUGCUGAAGAUGUCCGACGACAACUUCAAUUACCUGCUGCGCAAGGUGACCCCGCUCAUCCAGAAGCAGGACACCUGCAUGAGGAAGUCCAUCUCGGCCGAGCAGAGGCUGGUGGCCACCCUGCGCUUCCUGGCCACCGGCAGGUCGCUGGAGGACCUCAAGUUCUCCACGGCUAUUUCUCCGCAGGCGCUGCUGGGCGUCCUGAUUCCAGAGACCUGCCAUGCCAUCAUCCAGGUGCUGAAGGGAAAAUACUUCAGGUUCCCUACCAGCUCUGAAGAUUGGCAAUUCAUUUCUAGCCAGUUUGAAGAAAUGUGGAACUUUCCAAACUGCGGUGGAGCGAUAGAUGGGAGGCAUGUGCGCAUCAACCCCCCUCAUCACAGUGGGUCACUCUACUACAACUACAAAGGGUUUUUCAGCAUCAUAAUCAUAGCCAUCAUCAACGCCAACUGCGAGUUCAUAAUGGUCGAUGUCGGCAAAAAUGGAAAGUUCUCAGAUGGCACAGUCAUCGAGCAAACUCAUUUUUAUGAAAAGCUGAAGGAAAAACAGUUAAAAUUGCCAGAAAAUGACGAGACAAAAGAGGGCCUUAACUUUGCUUUUGUGACCGAUGAGGCCUUUUCCUUACAAGACCACAUUCUUAGGCCUUAUUCACAGGAAGCCUUAACCAAAGAACGAAAGGUCUUCAAUUACCGCCUGGCCAGAGCAAGACGUGUGGCAGAAAACGCCUUUGGCCUGCUUGCAAACCGCUUCAGGAUCUUCCGCACAACCAUCAAUUUAUCGCCACACAAAAUUGAACUGGUUGUCAUGGCUUGUUGUCUUCUCCACAAUUUUCUGCGGCGGAGCAACACUGACGAAUACUCCCCUAUAAGCUUGCUGGACCGGGAAGUCACAGAAGAUGCAACAUUCAUUCCUGGCGACUGGCGUACUGAAAGUGCAGGACUUGUAUCAUUGCAAUACAUGGAGGCGCAGAAACCUGAAGCCAGUGCCAAGCUCAACAGGCUGAAGUAUCUGGAGUAUUUCAACGGACCUGGUGCUGUGGAAUGGCAGGAUGCCAUGGCAUUAAAUGAUUAUAGUAUUGAGUAUGAAACCUUUGACGUGUGA